UUUGAUUAAUUAGGAAAAUAGAAUGUGCUUUGUUGGUUUCUUUCUAAACAGGUACAAUUCGACGGAAGUAGAACAAGUGUUUGAUGUGGACGCAUGCGUCUAGCAACAAUAUUUCCGGUGACAAGGUAGCUUGCUCAAAGAAAGCACUGCAACAAUGCCUUCAGUGCCAUCUCCCGCACCGAGAGAAGAGCCGGAUGGCGUGAAUGCCAUCCUUCUUGGUCCACCUGGAUCUGGUAAAGGCACCCAGGCGCCAAUGCUGGCAGAGAGGUAUAAAGUGUGUCACCUGUCGACAGGUGAUAUGCUACGUGCAGUAAUUGCGUCAGGCAGUGGACUUGGCAAGCGAAUCAAGGAGGUCAUAGAUGCUGGCCAGCUGGUCAAUGAUAGCCUGGUUGUUGAGCUCAUUGAUCAGAACUUAGACUCCCCUCCCUGCCGCAACGGCUUUUUACUGGAUGGUUUUCCGCGAACUAUAGGACAAGCCCAGGCAUUAGACAGCCUUCUGAAGAAGCGUCGCACUCAGUUGGAUGCUGUUAUAGAGUUUGCAAUAGACGAUGAGCUGCUUGUUCGUCGAAUCACUGGCCGACUCAUCCAUGUCCCCAGUGGACGCAGUUACCACACAGAGUUCAAUCCUCCCAAGAACCGUAUGAUAGAUGAUGUGACGGGAGAACCACUGAUUCAACGUUCUGAUGACAAUGUGGAAGCACUGAAAAAGCGACUUGAAGCAUAUCACAAGCAGACCAAGCCACUUGUAGAUUACUACGCUAAGCAAGGCCUUCACAUGGCUGUGGAUGCAUCUCAACCUCCAAAAACUGUCUUUGCCACUAUAACUGCUGCAUUUGCUCAGGCAUCAGCAAAAGACAAAGUGAUGUUCAUGGCACAGUAAUUUCUGGCAGCAGUCCCACAUAAAAAUUUUCAAGCCCUCUUGCCUUACUGAUAUUACAAUAAGGGAAAGGAUGCUUUGUGAUUUUUAUUAAUUUUUAUCUGGCACUACAUAAAUAUACUACCGUGCCAAGUGACUAGCACAUGCCUGUUAGCUUGAUUAGUUUGCCUAUGGAUUAGCUGGUUUAUAAACAUCAUUGCUUGGGACUGUUCAUGAAUAAUUUUUAUUUUUGUUUGAAAUGUGAGUGGGUAUUUUGUUUCAUCUUUGAAGCAAUGAAUGGAUUGAGAGAGUAGUGUGUGUUCAAGCAACUAGGUAAGACCUAUUUUGAAAGAAGUGCGCAAGAUAUUUUUUAAAAGGACUGGCUUGGCAGCAAGUAGGAAAGAAGAAAAGCAUUCUGAUGUUGUUUUGCAGUAUGAAGCAGAAAGUAAGGGGCCUCUUGCACACAGCGUGUGUAAAGAAGAAAUUAACAAUAUAUUUAAAUCAUACUUUAGCUAUAUUGAAAUAUUAAAAGUAUAAUUAGUAUUGAAUGAUUGAUGCCCAUGUUUCAAGCAUUUAUUUGCUAGAGGAUUAAGACCUUAAGGAGAAGGUAUAAGAAAACACAGAUUGCCAAGAAUGAAAUCACUCAUCUCUAAAGGCAAGGAGGAUUUGCUGCAUGUUAUGAUAGUGGGGUAGUAGCUAUUUCAAAUGACAGAAGAAUUUACAAAUACAGCAGAAUUUAGAUCAUAGUGUAAAAUACAACAACAAAGACUAGAGUCUUCAUGGAAGUCUGCCAGAACCAUAAAAGCAAUGUUUCAAGCAAAAUCCUUCAUCAGACCUUGCAAAAGAGAUCGAAAUGCUUAGAAAUCAUUCGAGCAUUAUUUCCUUCUGCAGGCUGCUAGAUAGGAUUAAUUUAAGUAGAGUCGUCUAUACUUUUUUGAAAAGUCACAGAGACCAACCAUGCAAAAACAAACAUGCAAGUGAACAGUCAUCUCCAAAGUACCAAGUCACCAUGUAUAACAUUGCUGUGCUUUCUUUAGUCAAUGCCUGUGAUGUAUGGUGUACCAAAGGACAGGUUACCAUGAAAACCUUUCAAGUGCAGUGCUACCAUUUAGCCCAACCUGUGCUAACCCAUGUUAGGUUUGAUAAAACAAAUGUCUCACUCAAGGUCACAGUCUUAUCUCUAUACACCCUCCUUGCUUGCUUCCUUGUUCUUAUUGUAUCCAGUUAGUUCCCUCCUACUUCACUUGAAUGAUUCUUUCCAGCUUAGGUUUCCUGUAACCAGCACACCUAAUCACAACUGCCUCCCUGAACUUUGGCUGGUUAUGGUCCAUUUCAGGAUAUUUGCAUUUCAUGAAGUACCUUUUCUUCAUGCUUCUUCUCUGUGGCUGAGUGAUCUGCUUAAACCCGGCUGUGACAAUUGCUGCAUGUGUUGAAAUUGAUUAAACAUGCCAUGGAUGCUUAUAUUUGAACAGCUACAAGAGCUGCAUUAUCAGUUGGAACAAGGCCAGCGUUAGUUGAUAACAGCACACCGUUAGCAUAUCAGGUUGUGAGUACUGUAAUUCAUUGUUUCCAGACUGUGGGAAGUUUGAUGCAGUUUUUUUUUCAGAUCACUUUAGGUGUCUGAUGUGGAGGGUUUUUUAAAAUUAUUAUGGAUGGUUUGUAUUACGGGCUCUUAAUAUUUUAGCACAAUCCUUGAUGGCUAGAAACUCAGAAACUGAAUGACACAGUUUCUACAGCCUAAUCUAAUUUGUACUUUGUGUUAUACUUUUGCAUUUAACAUAUUUAGACAGUGGAUUUUCUGUAUUUGCGCUAAUGUUACUUGGAAUUCUGUUUGAUGUAACAGACAUUGUAAUCUUGUUCUAAAACUGGAAUGGCAUAUUGUAUGGCAGAGCAUACAAGGCACUAAAAAUCAUUCCACUUGCAAUACCUAUUACAGUUUCUUAUGUGUAAGUAUUCCCCUCGUGUUUCUGACUUAAAUGGCAGCCUGGUAAGUUCACAAAACUGUGAUACAUUUAGAACUAUCUGAGAAUGUGAUUGAUGAGAUAGGUAAAAGUGUAUGUCCCAUUAUAUUUUGCCACUGUUAGUUCAUUUUAUCAGAAACACCUGCCUUUGUGAUUAUCAUGAAAGGAUGAGUAAAGUCAUGAAAAAUCAGUAAAGUUAUCAUAAAUGGAUCAAUAAAGUUGUGAAACAUCUACAGAAUUAAAA